GUGCGCGACACGACGCUCGACUAAAGAAAGCGUAGUUUAAAGGUGUCAGAUACAUCCUGCAGGAGAGGGUGGUUCGCUAAACGAGUUAUCCUACAAUACAGCAUCACUCGAGCCAGGCAGUUUUGUUCUAAGCAUUUAGAAGAUAUUCCCUGAACGUGUUUUCUGCAUCAUAUGUGACACAUUCAAGAGGAUCCAUGUCUUUUCUUCGUUGGGUAUCUGAGAAACUGAGUGUGGAGAGCCUGCGGGAUUUGGAGUUAUUUGGAGAGCAAGCUCAGGGACUCUCUCACAGGAAAGCUCGUGAGGACAGUCAGGAGAGUCUGACCUCCCUCCCCCGUCGCGACACCAUGGGCAGCUUCCUCCCUGACAGCAGCUCAUAUGAGCUCCUCACUGUUAUUGGCCGGGGAUUGGACGACUUGAUGACUGUCAACCUGGCUCGAUACAGACCCACCGGGGAGCACGUAGCCAUCCGAAGAAUUGACUUGGAGUCAUGUACUAAUGACAUGGUGACUUAUCUGCAGGGCGAACUUCAUGUGUCAAAGUUGUUUCACCACCCCAGUAUUCUACCCUACAAGAGUGUCUUUAUAGCUGAAAAUGAACUGUGGGUCAUCACACCCUUCAUGGCUUAUGGGUCAGCCAGAGAUCUCAUCUGCACACAUUUUGCAGAUGGUAUGAGUGAGCUGACCAUUGCCUAUAUUUUACUCGGCAUGCUUAAAGCUCUGGAGUACAUCCACCACAUGGGAUAUGUGCACAGGAGUGUGAAGGCCGGCCAUGUGUUGAUCUCUGCGGACGGACAGGUCUGCAUGUCAGGUUUGCGGAGCAUCUUCAGUUUGAUCCGGCAUGGCCAGAGGGCCAAAGUGGUCCACGACUUCCCCCAGUACAGCGUCAAAGUGCUUCCCUGGCUGAGCCCUGAAGUGCUGCAACAGAAUCUGCAGGGAUAUGACUCUCGAUCUGACAUCUAUAGCCUCGGAAUCACAGCCUGUGAAUUGGCCAAUGGGCAUGUGCCCUUCAAAGACAUGCCAGCUACACAGAUGCUGCUUGAGAAGCUAAAUGGGACAGUGCCGUGUUUGCUAGACACCACCACUAUUCCGCCAGAGGAGCUGUCCAUGACACCGUCCCGCUCCGGUGCUGACUCUGGUAUCUGUGAGGGUCCCGGAGCAGGAGGGGUCCGACACUCAAACGGAGAGCCCUCCUCCUCGUCGGGAGGACAUCCUUACAACCGGACGUUCUCCCCACAGUUCCACGGCUUUGUCGAGCUGUGUCUGCAGCGAGACCCAGAAAAAAGACCAUCUGCCACCACUCUCAUCGGCCACCCCUUCUUCAAACAGAUCAAACGACGACCUUCAGAGGCGCUACCUGAGCUGCUGCGGCCCGUGUCGCCCAUCAUCAGCUACGAGACCUCCCAGCCACAGGACUCACCCUCAGGGCUCGCCAGUCUGGAGUCCGGUCUCAGCCACCUGGAGGUGGACGACUGGGACUUCUGACAGCAGUGGGGAGACACGCAUAGGAUUCCCAUGAGGAACUCUUUGAGCAGAUGGGAUGAGAUUUGUUUUUGUAACAGUCCUCUUGUAAAUAAUGUAAAUUCCGGUAAAACACUAAAGGGAGUUGCUGUACUUGGACAGAGGUUAAAAGCCAGCAGCCAUCUUGCCUCUUUUUGAUGUCUCUUAAACGCUUUUGUUGUCUAGAUAUGCACAAGUUGUUGCACUGCACUGAUUGCCUGUCUCACACACACACACACACACACGUUUACAGACUGUACAUUACAAGCCCCCUGGAGCAAAAACUCAACAGAACUCCUCUGCUCCUCAUGCAGUAUCUGAGGUGUCAGAGGAGAGGAGAGUCUGUGGAUGUAAAUGUAGACUUAACCUUAAGAUUCUCAUAAAACGGAUCAGUGGGAAGCUGCUACUAAAUAUUCAGAGGGGACACUCUACCUCUUGUGUGAACACGGCCAGUUGAUGUGGCCCAUCUGCUCAGUGAGACCACCGUAAGGGUGCAAGGCAGUCGUCACAGCUGACUCAGUUAGCCCUCUACAGCAGAUGGAAGGUUUCUUGUAUUUCUCCAGGGUUAAUUUACCAAACGUGAUGUUAACACUUAGCCCUCUGUCUGUGUUACAGUAUAAACAGCAUCACAUGCUUCACGCAUCUCUUUUGUUGUACAGAGGUCAAGAUAAGCAUCUGUUCAUUUAACCUUCAAAGCAUAGAAGUAUGUAUUGAACUUACUCUGGGUGUUUGUUACUCAUGUCAAAAGUGAAUGUUUUCUUGGUGCUUGUUUUGGCUGCAUGUACAUGUGAGGGCAAAGCAAAGUGUUGCAAAUAUCAGACUUGACUUUUAACAAUAAACUUGGUCCACUUUAA